AAAAUGGCCGAAUGGUGUGCCGAUCAUUUGCGCAAUUGCGAAGGCUGGAAGUCGGCUGGUCUGGAACUAUCAACUACGAGUGAUGAGAAUGCGAAAUGGUUGGAUGCCUGCAUUCGACAGCUUGUGUCCUGGUCGGAUUGCACCAGUUUAGGCGGAUUUCAUACAUCGAUCGAGAAGCUUGUGGCUUCGGAUCCUGAAGCAAUUAUGGCCCGAACUUUCCUAGUGGGCCUCUCCGGGCUCGGCACAGAAGCCGCUGCUCGAAAUGUCGAAUUUGCCAAGAAAAUGGAUCAACUAGAAAUUGACGCUGAAAAGUAUGGAAACGCCAGAGAAAAGCGACAUGCCAAAGCAGCGAUUUUGUGGGGAAGAGGAAAGCAUCAUGAAGCUGCCAUCGAGUGGGACAAGCUUCUAGAUGAUUACCCAACAGAUUUAAUUGCAGUGAAGUUCUCACACGAUGCUCAUUUCUUCAAUGGAAAUCAGAUAGGGAAGAAGAACGCAAUUGAGAAGGUUAUCCACAAGUGGAAUGCAGAUUUACCAUGCUAUAGCUAUCUCCAUGGCAUGUAUGCUUUUGGCCUUGAAGAAUGUGGUAUCUACGAUGAUGCUGAAACACAAGCAGAUCGGGCCCUACAACUGAACCGAUUUGAUUGCUGGGCUUCCCACGCAAAGGCUCACGUCCUCGAGAUGAACGGGCGGCACAAAGAGGGAAAAGAGUUUAUGUACAAAACGGAGGAUGAUUGGAGGCAAGGUUGGAUGCUAGCCUCUCACAACUACUGGCACACGGCACUAUUUCACAUUGAGUACGCAGAAUAUGAGUCAGCGCUGGGGAUUUUUGAUCGAGAAAUUGCGAAUCGAUUCAACAAAACCAACUCCUUGCUAGACAUGGUUGAUGCCAGCUCACUGCUGUGGAGGUUAGAACUGGAAGGUGUCAAUGUUGGAAGGGAUCGGUGGAGGAAGAUAGAGCAUCUGUCGAAGUUCAUCGACAAUCACUCAAUUGUGUUCAAUGAUGUGCACCUAGGGCUUGCAAUUUAUAGACAGGAGGAUUUGGAGACGGAGAAGAAGUUGAGAAAUUCAUUGGAGAAGUAUUCAUCGCUGCUAUCCGAGGACAAUGCCCAAAUCAGCAAGACCAUCGGGAUGCCCCUCUACGACGGGAUGCUUGACUUUGCCCGCUGCGACUACGACACAGCUGCCGAGACUAUGUACCCAAUUCGCGAUAAAGUUGUCCAAAUCGGAGGAUCUCAUGCCCAGCGGGACCUUUUCGUUCAGACACUGAUACAGUCUUGCAUUCUGAGCAAGGAUCCCAAGAAUUGGGCUUUGACGCCUGAGCUGCUGGUGGAGAGGGAGACCCUGAAGCAUGACUCGCUGUUGGGCCAGAGGCUUGCUGAUAAGUUUAGAGCUUUACAUCCGCUGUGAGUUGGUGGAGAGUUUAAGUUAUAUUAACUUUAUUUAUUUUUAAUUAUCAUAUUUUUUAUACACAAUAAAGCAAGUUAUUACAAUA